UGGAUCAGGCUUGAGGUUCACCUGCUGUCUUGACCGGACCAGAACCGAGCUUCUAGUUCUGCAGCUCAGAGAAUCAGAGUUUCCUCCUGAAUCAGCUGUUUUCUGACUGCAGCCGGUGAAACCAGGCAGCCGAACUCAGUGUGAGGUUCUGCAGGUUGGAUUGGACCUGUUUGUUCCCACUGCAAGUUCUGGACCGGUGCGGUACCGAGUUCUGGAUGCAGACCGCCAGGCCCCUGGUGGAGGUGGUCCGUCUGGGCCUGGUGUCCUAUCAGGAGGGUCUGAGGCUGCAGCAGGUCUACACUGACCGGCACCGGUUCGGUCCGGCCCACACGCUGCUGCUCUGCCAGCACUCGCCAGUCUACACCACUGGGAUCCGGCACAAACCGUACCCGGGUCCAGUACUGGACCGGCUCCGGCUGCUGGGGGCCGACGUCCACCACGCCAACAGAGGAGGACUCAUCACCUUCCACGGACCGGGUCAGCUGGUCUGCUACCCGGUGCUGAACCUGGGGAGCUUUAAGAAGAGCGUCCGGUGGUACGUGGGCCAGCUGGAGAAGACGGUCAUCGCGCUGUGCAGCAGGUUCGGCGUGGAAGCAGCGACGUCUCCUCACACGGGAGUCUGGGUCGGAGACAACAAGAUCUGCGCCAUCGGAAUCCACUGCGGCCGCUACGUCACGUCUCACGGCUUGGCUCUGAACUGCAGCACGGACCUGUCGUGGUUCCACCACAUCGUGCCGUGUGGGAUCGAAGGCAAAGGCGUGACGUCGCUGAGCAGAGAGCUGCAGAGACACGUCAGCGUGGAGGAAGCCGUCCCUCACCUGCUGGACGCCUUCAGGGAGCAGUUCGGCUGCCGGCUGGCGGAGGCAGAAACGCCAGAACCCGACCGGAACGGCGGCGCGUCGUCUGCGUAGAAACUUUCACUCAUGAUGCUGUUUUUCUCCUCCACUGACAACAAAACAUUUUUAAGAAUCAUUAACACUAAAACUGAAUUAUACCUCCGUUGUGUUUUUCAUAUAAAAUAAAGAGAUCAGACGAUGAGCCUGUUGUCUGAUUCAGAACAACAGAUGAAA